CCCGGUCCCUGCCGCCGGGAGGGGCGGGGCGCGGGGCGCGCCUGCGCAAUGCAGCCGCCUGGGCGCUGCGGCAGUUGUGCGGGGUAGUUCUUCCGAGCGCGGCAGGAGAAAUAAAUAAGCAUUUGAAGAUGACAACCUCAUGGAGCGACCGACUCCAGAAUGCAGCAGAUCUCCCUGCAAACAUGGAUGGGCAUGCUCUGAAAAAGUACCGUCGGGAAGCCUAUCACCGGGUCUUUGUAAACAGAAGUUUAGCCAUGGAAAAGAUAAAGUGUUUUGGUUUUGAUAUGGAUUAUACACUUGCUGUGUAUAAAUCCCCUGAAUACGAAUCUCUUGGAUUUGACCUGACCGUAGAAAGAUUAGUUUCCAUUGGAUACCCUCAUGAGCUGCUCAAUUUUGUGUAUGAUCCUGCAUUCCCUACCAGAGGCCUGGUGUUUGAUACCCACUAUGGAAACCUGUUGAAAGUUGAUGCCUAUGGGAACCUCCUAGUGUGUGCACAUGGCUUUAAUUUCCUCAGAGGGCCUGAAACACGGGAUCAAUAUCCAAAUAAAUUUAUCCAGAGGGAUGACACAGAUAGGUUUUACAUUCUGAACACGUUAUUCAAUCUACCAGAGACCUACCUAUUGGCUUGCCUAGUGGAUUUCUUUACUAACUGUGACCGGUACACUAGCUGUGAAACGGGGUUUAAAGAUGGAGACCUCUUCAUGUCCUUCAGGAGUAUGUUCCAGGAUGUCAGAGAUGCUGUUGACUGGGUUCAUUACAAGGGAUCACUCAAGGAAAAGACCCUUGAGAAUCUGGAAAAGUAUGUGGUGAAAGAUGGGAAGCUGCCACUGCUGCUCAGCCGCAUGAAUGAAGUUGGGAAGGUGUUUCUCGUCACAAACAGCGACUAUAAAUACACAGACAAAAUCAUGACUUACUUGUUUGACUUUCCACAUGGACCAAAGCCUGGGAGUGCCCAUCGACCAUGGCAGUCCUACUUCGACCUGAUCCUGGUGGAUGCGCGAAAACCCCUCUUCUUUGGCGAAGGCACUGUGUUGCGGCAGGUGGACACGGUGACCGGGAAGCUGAAGAUUGGUACCUACACUGGCCCGCUGCAGCAUGGCAUUGUGUACUCAGGAGGCUCUUCGGACACAGUCUGUGACCUGCUGGGUGCCAAAGGGAAGGAUAUCUUGUACAUCGGAGACCAUAUCUUUGGAGACAUACUCAAAUCCAAGAAGCGCCAGGGCUGGAGGACCUUCCUGGUGAUCCCGGAGCUGGCGCAGGAGCUGCACGUCUGGACAGACAAAAGCGCCCUUUUUGAAGAGCUGCAGAGUCUGGACAUUUUCUUGGCCGAGCUAUACAAGCAUCUGGACAGUAGCAGCAAUGAACGCCCUGACAUCAGCUCCAUCCAGAGACGCAUUAAGAAAGUGACCCAUGACAUGGACAUGUGCUACGGGAUGAUGGGGAGCCUCUUCCGCAGCGGCUCUCGGCAGACCCUGUUUGCCAGCCAGGUGAUGCGCUAUGCUGAUCUCUAUGCAGCCUCCUUCAUCAACCUCCUCUACUACCCCUUCAGCUACCUCUUCAGAGCCGCCCAUGUCCUGAUGCCACAUGAGUCCACGGUAGAGCACACACACGUCGACAUCAAUGAGAAGGAGUCGCCGAUGGCCACGCGCAAUCGCACCUCAGUGGAUUUUAAAGAUUCUGACUACAAGCGGCAUCAACUGACCCGCUCCAUCAGUGAGAUCAAACCGCCCAACCUCUUCCCCCAGGCACCUCAGGAAAUCACACAUUGCCACGAUGAAGAUGAUGAUGAGGAAGAGGAAGAGGAGGAAGAAGAGGAGGAAGAGGAAGAGGAAGAGGAAUAAGAAGGAAAAAGCAAAGCAUCUCUGAAGACAAACCGUGACUCUAGCAGUGAUCAGGAGCAGAUUCCUUUGUUGGGGCCCUUGGGGUGAUGGGUUGGGGGGGGUGUGAUUCUUGCAAAGGCACAUUUUGAAAGUGUCUGGAAACUUUUAACAAACAAAUUAACACUAAUUAGGAGGAGACCCUUGUUUUCAGUUUUGCAGACGGUUCAAAAAGCUGAUGGAUUCUGCCUGGGUGGUGCAUUCAGACUGGAGUGCCCACCUGUGCUGUCAUGCUGCUCCCAUUACAUUUAGGGAUGCUGCAUGUUUCUUCCUUUCCCAUGAUGUGUUUCAUCUGAUUUUCAUUUGUACAGUGUCCUGUGAACGGUUUUUUGCCAUUUGAUACAUUCGCUGUGGAGAAGGAAGGGAUGUGCUGGGCCCUGCAGGAGACAAAAUGAUCCAAAUCCUCCUGCCCGUUGAGGUUGCUGCCCUUAACCCUCUGCUUCUGGGUGACAAACUGCCCCCAUCCCCGUGUUAGCCAGGGUGUUGCUGUGGCUUCCAGCACUCAGUUUACCCUCUGCUUGGUGCGAGUUUGUGUAAGUAAGUGGUUCGAUUACUCCGGCUGUCACAGAUGGCGGUGGGAUUCCAGCUCUUCCAUAUCUGCAGCUGUACACAUCUCGGCUUGUAGAUACUUGUUAUCCUCUCCCAGUGUUUCAAAGCUGUCUUUCAUCAUUGGCAUGUGAUGCAUGAUUUCCAACGCAUUUCUCAAACAGCUGAGCCGUACACUGUGUUCUCAACUCCUGUAGUUUCAGCAGUAAAUAUUAACCCAGGAGCUUGAAGCUACUGCUUUAGCAUUACGUUAGUUGGUUUGUUUUCCUACUGCCUAUUACUGACCUUUCUGUCCACUCAGCUUUAAGAAAGUGAAGCAUCCCAAAGACAAACCCAGCUGCCAUCUGGAGUGAAAGGGCCUGUUAUUCCAGGGUGCUGCGGGCCACGUGUGUCUGCCCUAGCGGAGGAAACUGGCACAUGCCACAGGGCCAGCCCUGUGGUGGGAGCUGGGAAACUCCACUCCAGCUGGCAGCUUCCCUUGUCUUCGGCCUGGCACAGAGCAAGCACCAGCCUCAUCGCAGGUUGCGGUGGGCAAGCCCGCGUCCCUGGCCAAGGAGGGUGGCGGCUGCAGGCUGCCGUGCGGGGACCGGGGGUGUCCCCCGGUGAUGGGCAAGCGGUCCUUGUGCCUGAAAGCCAGCCCGGGGAAGGCGCGGGGCCGGCGCGCAACUGGGCAGCAGCGCCCUGCGGUUUUCCUCUGUGUUAUGGGUGCAGCCUCUCUUACUCCAGCCUGUGCCGUUCGCUGUGAAGGGAUUACAACAAGGGCCCUCUUGUAACGAAUUUGACUGUUGUUUCAGUACCAUAAACUCAUUUAAUCCUUUUCUUUUUCCAUUUUAAAGUACCUUAGGAGAAAAUAAAAAAAGAAAAACCACACCACCAACAUCUGAGCAGGAAACACUGCUGCUGUAGUGGCAGUUGUUAAAGUCAAUAAAUUGAUGAUGUUUCUAAGAAA